UCGAAGGCAGCAGCAGAGCUUAUUUUACAUUUCAAAAUGACGGACCCAACAACGUCGCCCGAGGAUCAUUGGAAAACAGACGGAGCUUUCAGUGACAGUGGCUUUGACCCUAGUUUCUUUGCUGAAACGGGCAGAAAGGGUUCUAUUGUGUCCAGAGCCAACAGCAUCGGCUCGACAAGCGCCUCUUCAGUACCCAAUACAGAUGAUGAAGACAGUGAUAACAAACAUGAGACGUCGUAUAAGGACUCGUAUAAAGAUCGGCGGAGACAAGCGCACACGCAGGCUGAGCAGAAACGCAGGGAUGCUAUCAAGAAAGGCUACGAUGACCUCCAGUCCAUAGUACCAACCUGCCUGCAGCAGUCUGACUUUGCAGUGGGAGCGCAAAAGAUCAGCAAGGCCACCGUGCUACAGAAAACAAUCGACUACAUUCAUUUCCUUCAUAAAGAAAAGAAGAAGCAAGAGGAGGAAGUAACUGUGCUAAGGAAAGAAGUGAUGGCGCUGAAAAUCAUGAAAACCAACUAUGAGCACAUUGUGAAGGCCCACCAGAACCACCCUGCGCAGGGAGAGGAUCAGGUGUCGGACCAGGUCAAGUUCAACAUCUUUCAGAGCAUCAUGGACUCCCUGUUCCUGUCGUUCAGCAACUCUGUUUCAGUGAGCAGCUUCAAAGAGCUCUCCGCCUGCGUCUUCAGCUGGAUCGAGGAGCACUGCGAGCCACAGACGCUGAGGGAGUUUGUCGUGGGAGUGCUCCGGCAGCUCAAUGGACAGCUUUAUUGACUCAACUCUCCGACAAACUGACUUUGGGCUUGCUCUGGCCUCUCGGCAUGGGGUCAACACUUCAAUCAGCCUCAGGCCACACCAGUAUUUACACUCAAUCCCUGGCUGCAAUUGGAUUACCUCAACCUCACACUAUGGGCCGAGACGAGACGUCGGGUUGGAUUGAGCAGUCACAUGUUUUCAGAGAAAUCCCCCCCUCAUUGUAUUGUACAUACCUACCGUUGUGUAUAUUUCAGCCUCUGCUGAUUGUUCUGCUUUGAAAUGCAAGGGGGAACACAAACUUCAUUUGAAAAACUGUUUUCAAAUGAAUGUAUACAGUGGAGGAAAUAAGUAUUUGAUCCCUUGCAGAUUUUGUAAGUUC